AUGGCUUCAGCUCAAGUUCAGCUCCCACACAACCUCCAUGCCAUUCUGAAAGAAGGAGAGUCCAAGACUGACGCCUACUGGGACGAUCUGAUUGAGCAGCUCCACGCCGGAAUUUUCUUGUUUCAAAACAAACUGAAGUUUUGGGUUGACAGGCUUUUAGGGGCUAACGCUUUCGACAUUCAUGCAAGGGGUCUCUCAAUUACUUGGGGAGAUGAUACACGUUACUGGAAUUGGACUUACAAACCAGAUACUCAAAGUUGUGCUCAAGUUGAGAUGGCUGAAUUAUUGAACGACGGAGAAUAUGGAUUUGCAAAUCAUCCUGUGAACUUUAAACUCACCAUUCCAAAUUAUCAUGAGACCAUUGAGCGCAGAGAGGAUUUGAGUAAAUUGCCAAAAAAGAAAUGGGCAGAGGUCCGAAUUGGUGAGUUCUAUACAUGUUGCAAUAUGACUGGGGAUAUGGAAAUUUUGAUGUUUGAACAUGGUUCCCAGUGGAAGAGUGGGAUGAUUGUCAAUAAGAUUGUCAUCCGCCCAGUGCGUAGGCUGAAGUGA